AUGAAGUUGAAGAGUAAGAGAAGAUCAUCAGGUACAACUGUUCGCAAAACACAAGUAUCUCAUCAAGGGGUCAUUUUUUGGGAAAUUCCUGCCCAUGUUUCUCCAUCAUCAAAGACGAGAAUGGUUGCUGACAUGGCUAAGCAUAUUUCUAAAAAUAAGCAGCGUAAGUUGCUUCUCUCUUCUGAUUCUACAGCUGAUGAGAUAGAACUUAUUCCAGAGACUCCAGAAACAGUUCUUCUCAAAGAAUCUUCUAAAGCUGAUACUUCUAUGACUCAACCACCCGAAGUUUCGAUUGCCAAGACAGUUACUGUGGAGGCUCGAACUUCAGACAUCACUGUAAACAUAUUUGAUAUGGAUACAAAUGUCAUCAUGGGUGAGAAUACUUCGAAUUAUGUAGCUAAAGGUAACACUUCGAAUGUUAUUUCAGAAUCUCUCAUUUCUUUGCCUUCUUAG